AUGCAACGGACAGCACUUUUGGACAAGGUCGAUGGGGUUAGAAUCUCCUCUGAAGAGUUAGGAGGAGACACAGAGCCCCAAAUUUCUCCUCAUGUGAAAAAUCUAUUCUAUAUUGUAGAUAGUCUUACUAGAGCUCAAGGGCAAAUAAGUUUGUUGUCACAUGAUAAUCAAGAGCUACAGUCCACCCUUGCUGACCUGGUUCUUGAAAAGAAGCAUUUGCGGGAGGAAGUUGAAACACGUAUGAGAUAUGAAGAAGACUCAGAGAAGAUGAAGAGAGAUUUAUCUGAGCUAAGAGUUGUUUUGGAGAAAAUUACAAAUAUGUUUGGUGGUAGUGAGUUAGUUGGAGACCACAAUACUUCUAGCUUAAAGGGACUUUUAGCAACCUUAGAAAAGCAAAUUGUGAAUGUGCUUAUGGAAUUUGAAAACUCUAAAUCGGAAGCCCAAGAACUUGAAAUGAAGUUGUUAGGAAGCCAGAAGGUUGUGGAGGAGUUAUCGAGUAAAGUUAAAUUGCUUGGAGAUUCACUUCAAUGUAGAAGUACCCAACCAGAGAUCAUCCGGGAGAGAAGCAUUUUUGAAGCACCUUCAUUGCCUGCUGGUUCAGAGAUAUCUGAAGUUGAAGAUGUGGUAUCAGUUGGAAAACUGUCGAUGCCUCCUGUUCCUUCAGCUGCUCUGGCGCAGACUAUGGGAAAAGGAUCAGCAGACCAUCUUGCUCUCAGCAUUGACUCGGAGUCGAAUCCUUUAAUCGGCAACAAGGAAACCGAUGAAGACAAAGGUAUUGAUUUUUUAUUUAUCUAGAGUAAGAAGGGCCGGAAUCCAAGUAUAAAUUGUAACUAGAAUUUUCCAUGACGGGUAGAUAACUU